UUCCGAUCCUGUCCCUGAGAGCAAAUGGCUCCUCCUGCAAGAGCGAGACGGAGCUGACCGAGAGGAGUACGGGGGGAGCAGUUUAGAAAAACAUAGAUAACACCCCCCAAAAAAACCCACAAUAGCUCGCCGCCUGAAAGACAGGGUGUUUUAGAGUAGGCAAAUGGCGGAAUUUUAAAUUCGAUUUUCACCUAAAGAGAUAUUAGCCUCAAUCAGCAAGAAGGGUUCGAUUUUUUCUUUUAAGUAAUCAACUCCCCAAAUGAACUCCGUCAGAGCAACCAACAGAAGACCUAGGCGAGUAUCGAGGCCGCGCCCGGUGCAGCCGGAAAGGAACAACGGGGAAAGAGAUGAGGACAUACCUGCAGAUAUGGUUGCAGAAGAAUCAGGUCCAGGAGCCCAGAACAGUCCCUACCAACUGCGCAGGAAGUCCCUUUUGCCCAAGAGAACCGCAUGCCCUGCGAAGAACAGCAUGGAGGGUGCUUCCACGUCGGCCACAGAGAACUUCGGACACCGCGCAAAACGCGCCAGAGUAUCGGGAAAAUCACAAGACCUGCCAGCCGCCCCUGCGGAACAGUACCUGCAAGAGAAGCUUCCGGACGAGGUAGUGCUGAAGGUCUUCUCCUACCUGCUGGAGCAGGACCUGUGCCAGGCGGCCUGCGUUUGCAAGCGCUUCAGCGAGCUUGCCAACGACCCCAUCCUCUGGAAGAGGCUCUAUAUGGAGGUCUUUGAGUACACGCGUCCUAUGAUGCACCCUGAGCCCGGAAAGUUCUACCAGAUCAACCCUGAAGAGUACGAGCAGCCCAACCCCUGGAAGGAGAGCUUUCAGCAGUUGUACAAAGGAGCACAUGUAAAGCCGGGCUUUGCCGAACAUUUCUACAGCGAUCCAGCCAGAUACAAAGGACGAGAAAACAUGCUGUACUACGACACCAUCGAAGAUGCCCUGGGCGGGGUGCAGGAGGCCCAUUUCGACGGCCUGAUAUUCGUCCACUCCGGGAUCUACACCGACGAAUGGAUUUACAUCGAGUCGCCAAUCACAAUGAUCGGUGCAGCCCCUGGGAAAGUGGCGGAUAAAGUGAUCAUUGAGAACACCAGAGAUUCCACGUUCGUGUUCAUGGAAGGGUCAGAGGACGCCUAUGUGGGCUACAUGACCAUCAGGUUCAACCCCGAUGACAAGUCUGCUCAGCACCAUAACGCCCACCACUGCCUGGAGAUCACGGUCAACUGCAGCCCCAUCAUCGACCACUGCAUCAUCCGUAGCACAUGCACAGUGGGCUCAGCAGUGUGUGUGAGUGGCCAGGGGGCAUGUCCCACCAUCAAGCACUGCAACAUCAGCGACUGCGAGAACGUGGGGCUGUACAUCACGGAUCACGCACAGGGUAUAUACGAGGACAACGAGAUCUCCAACAACGCACUGGCGGGGAUCUGGGUGAAAAACCACGGCAACCCCAUCAUCAGGCGGAACCACAUUCACCACGGGAGAGACGUUGGGGUGUUCACGUUCGACCACGGCAUGGGCUACUUCGAGAGCUGCAACAUCCACAGGAACCGGAUAGCGGGCUUCGAGGUGAAGGCGUACGCCAACCCCACGGUGGUGCACUGCGAGAUCCACCACGGGCAGACGGGCGGCAUCUAUGUGCACGAGAAGGGCCGGGGCCAGUUCAUCGAGAACAAGAUCUACGCCAACAACUUCGCCGGCGUGUGGAUCACCUCCAACAGCGACCCCACCAUAAGAGGGAACUCCAUUUUCAACGGCAACCAAGGAGGCGUUUACAUAUUUGGCGACGGACGGGGCCUCAUCGAAAGCAAUGACAUCUACGGCAAUGCCUUGGCGGGGAUACAGAUCCGGACCAACAGCUGCCCCAUAGUCCGGCACAACAAGAUUCACGAUGGACAGCACGGAGGCAUCUAUGUGCAUGAGAAAGGGCAAGGCGUGAUCGAGGAGAACGAGGUGUACAGCAACACCUUGGCUGGGGUGUGGGUGACAACAGGUAGCACCCCCGUGCUAAGGAAGAAUCGGAUACACAGCGGCAAGCAGGUUGGCGUGUAUUUCUAUGACAACGGGCAUGGUGUGCUGGAGGACAAUGACAUCUAUAACCACAUGUACUCUGGUGUUCAGAUCAGAACCGGCAGCAACCCCAAGAUCCGACGGAACAAAAUCUGGGGCGGUCAGAAUGGUGGCAUUUUGGUUUACAACUCUGGCUUAGGGUUCAUUGAGGACAACGAGAUCUUCGACAACGCCAUGGCGGGGGUCUGGAUCAAGACGGACAGCAACCCCACACUCCGGAGGAAUAAAAUCCACGAUGGGCGGGAUGGAGGGAUCUGCAUUUUCAAUGGAGGGAGAGGGCUGCUGGAGGAGAACGACAUCUUCAGGAACGCCCAGGCGGGCGUGCUCAUCAGCACCAACAGCCACCCAGUCCUGCGCAAGAACAGGAUAUUCGACGGCUUCGCCGCCGGUAUCGAGAUCACAAACCAUGCCACAGCGACACUAGAGGGCAAUCAGAUUUUCAACAAUCGUUUCGGAGGGCUUUUCCUGGCGUCAGGAGUCAAUGUUACCAUGAAGGAUAACAAAAUCAUGAACAACCAGGAUGCCAUCGAGAAGGCUGUGAGCAGAGGUCAGUGCCUCUACAAGAUAUCCAGCUACACCAGCUACCCGAUGCAUGAUUUCUACAGGUGCCACACCUGUAACACGACAGACCGGAACGCCAUCUGUGUGAACUGCAUUAAGAAGUGCCACCAAGGGCAUGACGUAGAGUUUAUAAGGCACGAUAGGUUCUUCUGCGACUGCGGCGCCGGGACCCUCUCCAACCCCUGCACCCUGGCCGGAGAGCCCACGCACGACACGGACACUCUGUACGACUCCGCCCCCCCUAUAGAGUCCAACACGCUGCAGCACAACUAAGCAUUAAUGCGCACAGUUACCCCUCCCCAAAAAAAGCCCACAAACCCACCACGAUGAACCACCUGGGAAACCUGCCCCUUUAAAACUGAGAGCUUCUGCCUUUCCAAAAACCCAGAACUCACAUGUGUACAGUAAUGGCGUGAGAGGAAAUGCAAAUCUAGGUUAUAAAAAAAAAAAAAACUUCAACCAUUAUGAGAAAUAAAUAAAUAAAAAACCCUAAAAAAAACAUAUAUAAAUAUAUAAAUAUACAGACUCGGACAAUGCAAGAGCUGGCCAGGCUCUGAAUGGAGAUUACGUUUAUAUAUAGAUAUAUAUAUAUAUAUAUAUAUAAAUAAAAAAAAAAAAGCUUACUGAUAUAUGUGGAUGUGAUGCCUUUCUGAUCUUUUCUGUUCCUGCGUUGUUUCUAAGAAGAAAAGGAGAGGGAGAGAUACCCGAAUGGCAAAGAGAAGCAAUAUGUUGACUCAGGAUUGGGGGAGUCGAGGUGGAGGCAGAGGCUGAAGCGGCCAUUUUGGGGAGGGGCUAACGAGAGACUGCCUCGAUUGCUCCCUCCUGCUCCCCGCCCCCUCCCCCCUCCCGACGACGGUCACGCUCGGGGACGGAGGCUGAGUCCGCCGGCAUUUUUUUUCAUUUUCUGUACAGACAGCGACGGACAGACAAGAGAUGCGAGGAGCUGUGGAGAGGGUACAGCGUUAAGCAGGGCGGGUUUCCUCCUCAGGAAGCAAAGCCAUGCCCCCCCCCCCCCCCCCCCCCCCCCCCCACACACACACACACACACACACACACACUGCUGCCCUGGCAACUGUCUCUAGGCGACGAGAGUGCUGGUGUAUGUGUAUGGUCGUAAAAUAAUAAAAAAGAAACAAUGUGUUUUAGCACUUCAGCUUUUUUAAAAAUGUUAUUCUGAUUCACAAAUAUGAUUUUAAUGCUUUCUCAUGUAGUUUUGUAUUUUCCAGCAAAAAUCUUACUGUACUUGAAUGUCUUUUAUUAUUAUUAUUAUUAUUAUUAUUAUUAUUAUUAUUAUUAUUAUUAUUUUGUUAGUUCACCGUAGACUUGCUGUAAUCCUAUUCAUGUCCCAGUAUAUAAGUUCUUUCUGUGAAAGAGAAUAACAAAAAAAAUUUUUUGGAAAAGAAACACUAAAAAUUUCCUCCAGCAAUGUUAUUUUAAAUGUAAGUUGUUGAAGAAAAGAAAAGAAAGAAGAAAAAAACGUUUCUCGUGAGGCGGGUUUUCAUGAGACUGAGAUGGCGGUGGUUUGAAAGCGAAUUUUGUCGCCCACACAGUCGUUGCAUUUGCGCCGGUCUUCAGUCGCACGAGGCGGAGAGGGUUGUACUUCAGAAAUGCAAAUCCAAGGAAGGCCUCCCAUACGUAAUGAACAUGUACAUGUCGGCCUAGCUAAGGCCAUUCGAACGACCGGCACCGUUUGUUCAACUAUCCAGUUCGGCCUGCCGAUCAGGUAAAUUGUGUUUGUGGUUUCCAGAAAAGAGCGUCAUUUCCUUUGAAAAGCAUUGUGCGCCAGCUACCAAACCUUAUAUACUGUUCAGAACCCUUGGGUCUCAACUCGGAGCUUAUGGAUUUAUUGAAUGAAAUGACAUUUGCGACAGAUUUAGAGCUAUUCCUGGUUUGUUGUCUCUGCAGUUUGCCUGUAAGGACGGAAAGGUGAACACCGCCUCCUGAGUGCAUGUACAGAGGAAUCCUUAAGCCAGGUGGCAUUUUCAGGGAUUAGUGAACAAACUUGGGAAAACAUAGAUACGUUGGGUAUUAAAGCAGGGGUUUAAAUCUGAGUGAAUUGGUUGUUUUAUUCUGAUUAUUAGUAUUAAUUGAAAUGGUUCCCCGUUUUAAAGUUUUGUAGCCACUUGUAGAAGUGUAAUCCGUCUCGAAAACGCUGCCGUUUCAAGCCUUCGCGGUUCCCAUCGGCUGGGACACGACGCCAAGAUGUCGCCAUGGUGCUUUUAGCCGCGGCGCAGCGUUGAUGAAAUGUUUCCGGGACGUUUUGAGAACAUUGUGUUAACGGAGGCAGCCCUCUGGGUGCCACUGGCUGUUUGAGUGUUAAUUUUAAAAAAAUGUAAAAAAUAUAUAAAAAAAAACAUUGCUGGAGAUAAAUCUCUAAAGCUUCUAUCUACAUUGAAGCAGUUGUAUACCCAUAAUGCCCUGUUGAUAGCUUUUUUUUUUUUUCUUUUUUUUUUUUUUUUGCUUCAUUCAUGUGUAUUGGUGACUGUGGCUUCUGCUGCCUGAAGUGUAUGCAUGUACCAUAACAUCUAGACUUAAUAUAUUGUGGAGUAUCCAAUAACCAUUAUGUAGAUGCUAGUGUGAAUUAAAGGGGUUUAAUUUCCUAUGAAAUAUUUCCAAAAAAAAAAAAAAGGAAAACUGGUCAUUUUUAAAAAAUAAUAAUAAUAAACUUUAUUAGAAUGUUUCAGAA